GAACGACUGUUGCUCAGUUGUUCCAGUAAAUACACACCCACUCUGCCCAGUCCCGAAAUGAGGAAGUGAGGUUCUGGUUGUUCCCAAACGCGCCUUCAGUGCCAUCAACGCGAUGGAAAGUAAACUCGGUUAAAACAGAAAACGUGUUAUGUGGACGAAGAAAACCGACAGAUGAGAUGAGAGGAAUAACCUGGAAAUCAUUUUACGCACCGCCUAUUAGGGCGGGUGCCAUAAUCCUCAUCCUGCAGCUAGGCCUUGUGAUCAGUUUUAACUUUACUGAAUCUUCUGGAGACUAUACAAGUGCAGAGCCUAAGAUGGAUCUGCAAUGCCUCCAUGAUUACAUAACAGAGAUGAUGUGUAGUUUGACUGCAGACCAACUGCUCAUCUGCCCCGAGUACAGUCUCAAUGUGUCUGUAUUUAACGCAUUUACUUGCGAUUUAAAGCAACUUAAUUCCAACUCAUGCGAAUGCACAGUGCAUGUGGACUCUGGCUUUGUUUCGGGAGAGAAUUACAAAGUAAAGGUGUUGAGAAACAAAAACUUACUGUUCACUACAAACUUCAGUACUACAGAAAACAUUAAACCUAACAAACCUGUCAUAAUGACAGUCAAUGAAACAGAGAAUGGAAACUUUCUCAUUGCUUGGGACACGAUUUAUAGGACUAAAGAGCCUAUAUUCAGCGAAGACCUGAUUUCGGAGCUCACUUACUACAUCGAAGGAAGCAAAGGAACGAGAAAAAAUGUGACCGUAUCAGCAAAAGGCCGGUUUGCAUAUGAGCUUGUAGGCAGAAACCUUGAGCCAAAUUCCAACUAUAUUGUGAUGGCAAGAAUACAAUCACACUUAAAUGACAGAUUCAGCGACUACAGUGAUCCAUAUAGGUUUUCCACACCCUCAUCUCUAAAGGACUAUGUCAAGAUAAUAAUUCCCCUCAUAUGUAUAACUCUGAUCAUCAGCAUUUCUGUCACCUACUAUUUAUGCAACAAAAUCCUGAUAGAUUGGUGGGACAAGAUUCCUACUCCGAAAAUAGCUACUAGUUUCGUAAAACAGGUCCCCAACUUGCUGUCAUUUCAAAGCGACUUCUCAACCAUCCAUCUCGACGCUUCAAAGCUGCUCCACUCUGGAGACAAGAUAUGGCCUGCGUCUUCACCGGUAGACGUCCGAGGUGAAAAUAACAGCCUCAACAGCUUCGGUAAAGACAGAGAUUCGUCAGGAGUGAGUUACAGCCAAACGGUAAUUCAGAGUAUAGAAGAAAACAGCCCUGAAAAUAACACUCAUGGGAAAGAAUCUCCGUCAACAAUCAGUCGAAUGCCAACAUCAACACGAUAUUAUAAAAACCUGAAAUCGCUCAGCGAUGACAGUAAUGUUGUAAUGGAGUAUGGGAGCAGCUCUGACUUCAAUAACAAGCCCUAUAUGUUUUCACUCCCUGAGAAGAUUCACAACGACACCAAUGGACACUAUAUCUAUGACUUGAAUCAGCGUGAGAGCAUGUUUCCUUCUCUGGAGAAAAACUUGGACCCAAUGAUCCAGACAGAUUUGGAGUAUGUCCCGUGUACCCCGUGUACCCCGUGUACCGGAAGCUCAGGGUCUGAAAACGUCACACCAUCCAGCAGUGAGAUUAUCAUGGUUAAUGGAUAUCAGAGCCUUAAUAACAUCCUGGAUCAUGCAUCAAAACCUCAAUCGUUUAUCAGCCCUCAUAACGACGUUUAUCUGAUCACGGAAAAGAUCAUCUGCAGCAAGAACGCACACAACAUUUCCUAUGAAAGCCCCAUCAUCCCAGUGGAGAACGAAUAUAGAGAUUUUCAUAGCUUACUCCAAAAUUCAAACGAACAACAUAGCCUCGUCACUGGCUCUGAAUUAAAACAGCUUUAUGGCCUGGAUUUGCAAACAUCUCCAGGUAUUGAAAUCGACUGUUCAUAUCACAGGGUUUGAAUUCACAGCUCGGAAACAGAAUUUCCUUAAACGUAUUUGCAGGCCAGACGUUUUCAAGCAACUUAGCAGCGAGAUCAGGCUCCAAAAAUAUAAACAAUAAAGCGUGUAUUCGUGCUACACAUUUGUGCACAGCUUGUUAAACACAGCAGCAUCGUUAUCCAGAUGUUGCCUGAGAUCCGAUGUUUAAACUACAUGAAAUCCGAAAGUUAAACUUUAGCAAGAUGACUUUUUAGGACAAACUAGCAAAGUUGCAAAAUCAAUAAUAUGAAUUUACUAUAAAUAUAACUGUAAAAAUGCUUACUUAAGUCUUUGUUUGCAGCAUUUAGUCAAUGCAGUAAUUUGCAUGUAUUUAACUCAAAAAAAAAAAAAAAAAAAGUUAUGCUUCUAGUUAAAGCAGAAAUACAGCUGACGGUUUGUUGUUUUUAUUCAUUAAGCUUCAGUGAGAAUUAGGUAAAAGAAGAAGUGUAGUAGAGUGAUGUUUAAUUACAGAACUUGUGAAAACAUGCAUAAAACCAAAAACCACUUCCUUGUAGUCUCUCGCCUUAAUGUGAGAAUGCGAUUUGAGAUAAGACUGUACACGCAUAACCCUGUCGAACAAUUUCAUCUGGAUGGACGGACCGCCGUGUUUGUUGUUAUAUGGUGUACUAGUAAAACUUUUUACUGGAAGCCUCAUGUAAAUAUUAUGUGCUUUGGAAAGGAACCUCGGUAGUCAUGCCUCUGAAAUGACCUACCCAAAAAAGUUCAUAUGCUCUUUGUUACCUUUUGAAUGUAACAUGACACUGUUGAGGGGGCACGGUGUCUUAGUGGUUAGCACAUUUGCCUCACACCUCCAGGUUCGGGGUUCGAUUCCCGCCUCCACCUUGUGUGUGUGGAGCUUGCAUGUUCUCCCCGUGCCUCGGGGGUUUCCUCCGGGUACUCCGGUUUCCUCCCCCGGUCCAAAGAUGGUAUGGUCUGUUGAUUGGCAUUUCUGGAAAAUUGUCCCUAGUGUGUGAUUGCGUGAGUGAAUGAGUGUGUGUAUGUGCCCUGCGAUGGGUUGGCACUCCGUCCAGGGUGUAUCCUGCCUUGAUGCCCGAUGACGCCUGAGAUAGGCACAGGCUCCCUGUGACCCGAGGUAGUUCGGAUAAGCGGUAGAAAAUGAAUGAAUGAAUGAAUGAAUGAAUGAAUGACACUGUUGAGGAAAAUUCUGGUUAGGGAACUUUGUUGGAAUCUUUUGAGAUUUUAUCAAACCUGCCACAUAUAAAUACUGUACACUAUGUAAUACAAUUAGCCUUUCUAUAUUUAACUUCCUGUUAGAGGUGCUUUGGGUGUCAUGGCUUUUCACAACGAGGCUUACGAUGACGCCAGAGAGAUAUAUUUGGACGGAACGAAUCUUCACCAUUGGGUUCUGUGGAAGGCGAAGCACAGGCUAAGCAAACAAACAUAAAGAACUUCAAUGACAAAAGAAUACAACACGUGAUGAGAGGAACGUAUGCACAAGCUCACAGGAUGCUGUCAUUUAAAUGGACACAGAUGGUAAACUUGUGUCAGAGUGGAGCUGAAGCAGAGGCUGAGAAAAUAACACAUGUAAAGAAGAAUAUCAAAAGAAAUUUGUUUGAACGGUGGAGCUUUGUGCCUCACAGCUUCAGGGUCUCCAGCCAGUCCGAGCUUCUGCUAAGGUUACCUGGGGCUCAAGCCGGAUACGAACAGAUCUAUCUGUAUUUAAAUACUAACGUAGUUAAAUCGCUUAUGAAUUUAACAUGCACUCGUUUUGUGAAACCGUUUCGUUUCGUAUUAGCCGUAUUAACUAAAGAAAUAUCGUUAUGAAAUAUGAGCUGAAUUAACAAAGCAAACCAGAUUAAACGUCAUAAAUGAAGACAAAAAUCAGAUGAGAUCAGAUUCAGCUUUGCCUUUGUACACGGAGAAAGAUUGCGAUUACGAAAUAGUUCGUUUUCACCAGAAGUGCAAAUAACAAGCAUGUACAGUAAAUGCGACAGGAAGUUAAAUAAGUUCAAGCGUCAAGAUUCUGUUGAACAGUCACAGUUGUAAAGUGUACAGUACCAGUAAAUCUGUGCAAUAUGGGAAUUACAGAGGGUGUGUGAGGAAAGUCUCGGGGGUGUGUGGGCUAGUGCAUUAGAUCAGAUCGCUUAUUCAAUUAAAAAUCCAAUUCCGCUGUGUAAAAGGCGAAUGCACUGUAAUGGCACACGUGGUGCGUAAUCGGGUUGUGUGCGUUUUAGAGACCGCAUGAAGUGAGUGAUGAGUGACUCAUCAUCACUGAUGAAUGGAAAUGAGUUGUGCCAUCUGUGCCAUCUACGCGUUGAUCGGCAUUUAUCAACAAACCCAUUUGAUGCCAGAGAAAAGAGAACCGAAGUAAUUCGGUCUUUCCAAAACUAUUGUAAAUACAACAGAUAUUUUUUCAUUUAGUUUGGAUUAACGUGUAAAACAUCCCUAAAACAUUCUCGCCGUCUGGCUGUGUAGAGUUUUGCAUGUGUCUCUGGGUUCUCAGGAAUUCCUGACACCUCUUAAAAACAUGGCAGGACAUGUCUGUGAUCAUCUGGGAUCUCGUCUCGGUCCUAUUCACACCUUAGGGCUAAUUUUCAACUGACGGGAUCACGAAUCGGGAACACAGAGAACUCAAACGUCUGUUGUGUAUAUGCGAGAGCAACAGAUUUAUGACUUUUACACACCACACGUUGUGUCUUGUAUCAUAUUUUCAACACGUUCAAGUUCCAUUUGCUGGAAACUGCAGACUGUUAUUUACUUUAAUCACUCGCAGGAACAGAAAUACGCAAAUAGAAAUAAAAUAAAAGAUGGGGAAUGAGAAUGUGGGAAUGUUUCUAGAUUUAAUGUGAUACUUGUGGCACAAGCACUAUUCUUGUGUGUGUAUGGGUGUGUGUGUGGAGGGGGGUGUUAUUAUUGUAUAUAGUGUACACAUCCCUGUGUUACAUUUGGCACAAAAAUUAAAUUAAAAUGACUUUAUCCUUGUAA